UUCAAUUUGGGACCGAAAGACAAGUAACACGUCUCUAUUAGGGAGCCCUAGUUGUCUCUUCGGUUUGUGACAACACAAAAGCGCUCCGGAACACGUCUCUCUACUCUCUCUUCUUCCCUGUCUCUCCACUUCUCGGCAAAUCAAAGAAAAGAAGAGAGCGAAGAAAGAGAGAUGGCGGAGCGGUUGACGCGUAUAGCCAUUGUGAGCUCGGAUAGGUGCAAGCCGAAGAAGUGCCGUCAGGAAUGCAAAAAGAGCUGCCCUGUUGUCAAGACCGGUAAAUUGUGUAUUGAAGUUACCCCUGCAUCUAAGAUCGCUUAUAUCUCUGAGGAAUUGUGUAUUGGAUGUGGUAUCUGUGUUAAGAAAUGCCCGUUUGAAGCUAUUCAGAUCAUCAAUUUGCCAAAAGAUCUGGACAAAGAUACAACCCAUCGCUAUGGCCCCAACACUUUUAAAUUGCACAGGUUACCAGUCCCAAGACCUGGCCAAGUUCUUGGCUUGGUUGGAACUAAUGGCAUUGGGAAGUCUACCGCUCUUAAAGUUUUGUCUGGAAAAUUGAAACCAAACUUGGGCCGUUUCAAUAAUCCUCCGGAUUGGCAGGAAAUCUUGACAUACUUCCGAGGAUCUGAGCUGCAAAAUUACUUUACUCGUAUUCUUGAAGAUGAUUUGAAGGCUAUUAUAAAGCCCCAGUAUGUUGAUCACAUUCCGAAAGCAGUUCAAGGCAAUGUAGGACAGGUGCUGGACCAAAAGGAUGAGAGAGACAUGAAGUCAGAACUUUGCAUAGAUCUUGAGCUGAACCAGGUUAUAGAUCGUAAUGUAGGGGAUUUAUCAGGAGGGGAACUUCAGAGAUUUGCCAUUGCUGUUGUUGCUGUACAGAAUGCAGAGAUAUAUAUGUUUGAUGAACCUUCAAGUUAUCUUGAUGUGAGACAGAGGCUAAAAGCUGCUCAAGUUGUCCGAUCUCUGCUCAGGCCUCAUAGCUAUGUAAUUGUGGUGGAGCAUGAUCUCAGUGUCCUGGAUUAUUUAUCGGACUUCAUUUGCUGUUUAUAUGGGAAACCGGGAGCAUAUGGGGUUGUAACUCUUCCCUUUUCAGUCAGAGAAGGAAUCAAUAUCUUCUUGGCAGGAUUUGUUCCAACGGAAAAUUUACGGUUUCGGGAUGAAUCUCUUACCUUUAAGGUUGCUGAGACUCCACAAGAAAGUGCUGAGGAAAUUGAGACAUAUGCGCGAUACAAAUAUCCAACUAUGACCAAAACUCAAGGAAAUUUCAAGCUUCGUGUUGUUGAGGGCGAAUUUACUGAUUCUCAGAUUGUUGUGAUGCUGGGUGAGAAUGGGACAGGGAAAACAACAUUUAUCCGGAUGCUGGCUGGUUUAUUGAAACCUGAUACUGUAGAAGGUUCUGAUGUGGAGAUACCUGAGUUUAACGUUUCUUACAAACCCCAGAAGAUCAGUCCAAAAUUUGAAUCCUCUGUCAGGCACUUGCUACAUCAAAAAAUACGUGAUUCAUAUAUGCAUCCUCAAUUUGUGUCAGAUGUGAUGAAGCCUCUUCUCAUUGAACAACUGAUGGAUCAAAAAGUCGUGAAUCUUUCCGGUGGAGAGUUGCAAAGAGUUGCAUUAUGUCUAUGCCUAGGGAAGCCUGCGGACAUUUAUCUGAUUGAUGAACCAAGUGCAUAUCUUGAUUCUGAGCAGCGUAUAGUUGCUUCAAAAGUCAUAAAGAGAUUUAUCCUUCAUGCAAAGAAAACUGCUUUUGUUGUUGAGCAUGACUUUAUAAUGGCAACUUAUCUGGCAGACAGAGUAAUUGUGUAUGAGGGCAAGCCGUCAAUUGAUUGUGCUGCCAAUUCUCCUCAGUCAUUAUUGACUGGGAUGAAUCUCUUCUUAUCUCAUCUGGAUAUCACAUUUAGAAGGGACCCAACAAAUUACCGCCCAAGAAUCAACAAACUGGAGUCAACCAAAGACAGGGAGCAGAAAUCUGCUGGUUCCUACUAUUACCUGGAUGGUUGACAUAAAUUUAAAUAGGUUCCCUUCGCAAUAUUUAAGGGCAUCAGUACGAGCCGUGGGAUGUCAGCCAAGUUACUGUGUUCACAAAAGAAAAGAGGUCGAAAAGAGUCCUUAGCUCGUCCAACGGGGCACUUAAGUUGGUUAUAAUGAGUUUAAAGGCCAUGUUAUCUCUAUUGAUGCCAGUUAAGUAUAUUUUCCCCUUGCUUACUGUUCACCAGUUAUGUGUGACGUGAGGUGAGUGAAUAUAUGUAUUCUACUUGGUCUUUAUAACCCAAAUUUUUGUAGUUUACUAGGUGACAAACAGCAAAACUGAUGUUAAUACUGAGUUAUUGAGUUUUACAUGUUUUAGUUUUCUA